GUAGUUGACAAUACUUCGUCCCCUUGAUUUCUGAGGAAUAUAGUUCGCCGUCGCCCGAAGCUGUUGCCCCUCGUAAAGUGUCUGUUGUCUGUCAUCUCGCCUCGUUAGUUCAUCGAACUCACUGCAUUGAGUGGAUUUGGUCCAAAUGGACGGGCAACAUCAGAAGCAAAAAAACAAGUACAGUAUAAUUGUUCCUACAUAUAAUGAGCGUCUCAACAUUGGUCUCAUUGUUUACCUCAUCUUCAAGCACCUUGGGGAUGUUGAUUUUGAAAUUAUUGUUGUUGACGAUGGGAGUCCCGAUGGUACUCAGGAUGUUGUAAAACAGCUGCAGCAAGUUUAUGGAGAAGAUCGAAUUCUGUUAAGAGCACGACCUAGGAAGCUGGGUUUAGGAACUGCUUAUAUUCAUGGCAUGAAGCAUGCAUCUGGAAAUUUUGUUGUCAUCAUGGAUGCUGAUCUAUCACACCAUCCUAAAUAUUUGCCAAGCUUCAUUAGAAAGCAGUUGGAAACUGGUGCUGACAUAGUUACAGGGACUCGUUAUGUUAAAGGUGGUGGUGUGCAUGGAUGGAAUCUUAUGCGCAAACUUACUAGCAGGGGAGCAAAUGUUCUUGCACAAACACUUUUAUGGCCUGGUGUCUCAGAUUUGACAGGAUCUUUUAGACUUUAUAGAAAAUCAGUCCUUGAAGAUAUCAUUAGUUGCUGUGUUAGUAAGGGAUAUGUCUUUCAAAUGGAGAUGAUAGUACGGGCAUCCAGAAAAGGAUACCAUAUUGAAGAGGUUCCAAUCACAUUUGUCGAUAGAGUAUUUGGAAGUUCAAAGCUUGGUGGAUCAGAGAUUGUUGAAUACCUGAAAGGCCUAGCAUAUCUUUUGGUGACUACAUAAAAAAGAUAAAACAUAACAACACAGAUAUAUGUCUUACAUUUUGGGGAAAAGAAACUAGAGAUAAAUUUUGUUGUUCAAUUACCUAUUUAUUUAGGACACUAUAACUUGCAUUUUGAAUUUAACAGGAAGCAUCGGUAUGGUUCUGUGUUUAUAACUGUAAACCGAGAAAAUUAAUUGUUUUGAUUUUGCUGAACUUUUGAGUUAUGUUGAGGUCUUCUUUCUA